AAAAAAACUCCAUCAUCAUCCUCCUGCGAUGCGAGCAUCGUUCUGGUGGAGCAUCCUCCCAACCCCCCGACACUCAUGACCGCCGAGUAGGGCCGCUGUUAUCCGGACAAACAGAGGGGAUUCAGGGACAGGAUCAUGGCGAAGCACCGUAAAGACAGAGACAGCUGGGGUGAGUGUACGUACUCCUCAUUUUUCAUCCUUUUCUUUGACGCACAGAUGGUUUUUUUCCACAUUCCUGUCGAGGCGAGGGUGUAAGCAGAGCAGCUAAUUACAUGUUUAUUUCAGACUCCAUGAUGAAAGGAUGUUUUCCUCACUAAAACACUGUAUUUACGCCGAUUCUCUCUGAAUCUGCUGCUUUUAGCUCAUUGAAAUGCGUUUUUUCUGUUUGUCACCGCAGAGAAAUGCAGCUGAAGCGAGCGGAUACAUCCAAUAAUAACACAUAUGUGUAUUUAAUCAGCUCAGAGGAGACCCUACAUGCUGAUUAUUGAGGGUUUUAUUGGUGAUAUUAUCAUCAGGCCUGUGAAUAACCUUCUAAUCUGACUGUUUAUGACACUGAGCUUCCUGUGAUGCUGCAUCUGCCAUCAAAUUAUGUAAUCUUGCAUCAGUAACAAGCUCUCAUCACCAUUAUUUUUACACUCAUCCUCGCCGCUUUCACCAUGAUCACCUCCACCUCAGUGAUUAUGCUGAUAACAGGCUUCAUAACAGUCUCUCCGUGGGUCAUGUCACCUUAAACACAGGCCUGUAAGGUGGAGAAAUGGACGAGAUAAUGGAGGAAAAAUGCUCUUUUGUCAUCUGAGACUUCAUCUUAUCUGACCCACUUUGGACAGAUGCUGCCUCUGACGUCUUCGGUCAGGUUAACCAGGCAGGCGUUGGUGUUUGUGCCGGGCUCCGCCGAGUGUGUGUGAGGCCUCUGCAGGAGAUAUGAAGUCACACUGACAGUCGUCUCCAGGCCCGAGAGGAAAAGCACAGAUGAUUCCUCCUUAAAUUAUUCACCGUGGAUUCUUGGCCUCCUGCGUAAAUCUUUUAGCACGCUCCCAAAAUUUGGCCCUUAAUCUCGUCUCGGCGCUUUUGUGAGGUUUAAAAGCAUGCUUCAUUUGCAAUUGUAUCCUUAAUGAGAGCCUCACAUCCACGCAGACUGAAGGGACGGGUGUUUUUGUGGAUUUUUCUGAACCUCAGGAAGGUUUUUGAACUCUGCAGAUAGAGCAGAGCAAACAUUUGAGGAUUAACUGACCCUGAAAUCUGCAUCAGGAGUCAACAUGAGCAAAGUUUAUGUGCAGAAGCAACAAGAGCAGAAAAUGAACCAAAUAAGAACAAAAGUGAGAGAAAAUCAACACCAGAGAACAAAAACAAUCAUAAUCUAUGAUGCAAGCGCUCCAACUUCACCCCAAACAGCUCAUCUGUUGAGGGUUGAGGGAAAGCUGAAGAGUAUUUUGAUUUUUCUGGAUCAUAAAUGUUGGAAAUCAGCUGUGAGGUAAAGGUAAAGUCAGUGCAGCUCUGCAGAGACUGGAAACAGACUGAGUCACUGCCUGGAAAGCUCUGGAAAAAGAGCUCUGAAUGCAUCUGAUCUCAUUGAAACAGAUGGAAAGGCCAGCAUGACGCGGCUCAUUAGGAGUAUUAACAAGCGUUCAGGCGGAGUUAUUGAUCUGGAGCGAACAGGAAGGAGUAAUGGACUCAACUUUCCCGUUUCCUGGUUUAAUGGAGCGCCAAGUUUUCUUAUCAGAGAAGAAGAGCUCUGAAUGUUCUGAUUAAACCGCAGCUCGGCUCUGAUACAGCCGGACCUAAAGUGGAGGAAAGACUCUGAUCUGAUCUGGACAUCUGGACUUUUUAAAAGCCUGACAGAGAGGAGACAUAUCAACUCAGACAGACCUCUAACAGGAUUAAAAAUUGACUAUACAUGCAGAAAAGUGCAGGGUGAUGGUUAAUUAUUGUGAUUUAUUGUUGUUUAUAUUGUUAAUCCAGCCCCAGCGUGCAGAUGUUCAUCAGAUAAAAUCACAUUUCUGUAUUUCUGCACCCACACAUUUACAGUUUAGUCCACUUUGCUGCAGAUUAAAAUAAAUAAUUGUAUUUUUCUUCAUUAUCUAAACGUCCUAAAGUGACUCUCUCUCUCUGUCUCCGUCUCGUCCUUCAGGGUCCCUCAGCGAUAAAAACGUCUACGACUGGAGCUCGGAGGAGGAGGAGCCGGACAAACAGGCCCGGCCCAUACAGGUGCUGCUGGUCAAAGACGACCACACCUUCGAGCUGGACGAGGCGGCGCUGAGCCGGAUCCUGCUGUCGGAGGAGGUCAGAGACCGGGAGGUGGUGGCGGUCUCCGUGGCCGGAGCUUUCCGCAAAGGAAAGUCCUUCCUGAUGGACUUCAUGCUGCGCUACAUGUACAACCAUGUGAGUCUGAUUGUGUUUUCUGUCAGAGUAUCAGAUCGUUAAGUAGGGUUAUUAAAGGAUGAACUUUCACCUCCCUUCGCUCAGGCUUCUGAAAAAUGGCUCGGAGACUCUGACGAACCCUUGACCGGCUUCUCCUGGAGGGGCGGCUCAGAGAGGGAGACCACCGGGAUCCAGAUCUGGAGUGAAGUCUUCCUGGUGGACAAACCGGACGGGAGGAAGGUGAUUAUUCAUCCACUCAGAGAGACUUAAUGAAAUAUCACAGAUGGACUUUAUUAACCUUUAGACUUUAGGUUUUAAUGAUCUUUAAGAAGAGAAGUCCAAGACCGAUCUGAGCCGUUUGACUCAAAAUAGAGAUGUCUGAAAAAAAAAAAAAAGGUUGAGUCAGCUAGAUCCAGAUCAGUCUCAGAGAGUCAUCUACACUGCCUUGAGUACUUUAAAGUUUGUGGUUGUAGAGUGACAAAAUGUGAAAAAGGAGUAUGAAUACUUUGGUAACGCUUAUUACCAGGUAAUUAACUAGUAACAACAUGAAAUUAUCAGGUAGUUACAUGAUAACGACUAAGUCAAUACUCUCUAGUUUCUCCUUUUUUUCUUUUUUCCGUGCAGCUCCAUUUUCAAAAGCUAUUUGGGGUUUUAAUUUUCCAUGAUUGACACUUGAUACAGCCUAUGGGCGUGCGAAGAUUGCGUAGCGAUACGCUGUUUGAGCCGAGCGUCAUCACAGCGACUCACCCGCCGAAUGCGUACAACGCUACUGUGCAAGUGGUGGUUCCAGGAAGUGGAGAAAAUCCUGGAAAUACCAGAGCGAUUCAGCUUCAAAUCUGUAUUAUGAUGGAAGGUUACCGACCUGGUAGCUAGACAGUAUUGACUUAGUAGUUAUCAUGUAAUUACCAUGUUAUUACCUGGUAAUUACCUGUUAAUUACCUGGUAAUAAGUGUACCGUGAAAGAAAGGGUUGCCAAUACUUUUUCAAGGCAGUGUAUAUCAUCAAAGUUCUGUCUGCAACCAGUGUGGUCGCCCCCUGCUGGCUGGUAGAAAGAAAACCGAUUUAAAGCUCCUCUUCUUCUCUUGUUAAGUUUUCCUUUCUCUCUCUCUCUCCACAGGUGGCGGUGUUGCUGAUGGACACUCAGGGCACGUUCGACAGCCAGUCCACUCUGAGGGAUUCAGCCACCGUCUUCGCUCUGAGCACCAUGAUCAGCUCCAUGCAGGUACGAGGACUCGGACCUUGUUAGAAACUGAGCUGAGACGAGAGCGGGUCUCUCUGAAAAUCUAAAAAUACUUUAAAAUUUCAUCUCCGUUCACAGGUUUACAACAUCUCACAGAACGUGCAGGAGGACGACCUGCAGCACCUGCAGGUAAACUCAGGUUAAAAAAACAAAUGCAUCAGAAAUCUGUUGUUUUAUUGAAGUAUCUGAAUCAUGACUCCUCUCAUGGAUCUGAUUUCAGCUGUUCACCGAGUACGGCCGACUGGCGAUGGAGGAGACUUUCCUCAAACCAUUUCAGGUACUUUUUAAAUCAUCUUCUUUAGAGCGCUGAUUUCAUCUAAAGGUAAAAACUGACAUUUACUGAUUAUUCAAACUCAAUCAAGAGGAUAAAAGUGUCUCCGCCUCCUCAUCUUUGAGUCUUUUUCUUCUUAAUGAGUUUCGUGUUUAUCAUCUGUGCUGAGAAACGUCACAACAUGUGACUUUAACUAAGUUAACUAAAUUACCGCCGUGUCUGUUUUCCUCAGUCCAUGAUUUUCCUGGUUCGAGAUUGGAGCUUCCCCUACGAGUUUCCGUACGGACAGGAGGGAGGGAUGAAGUUCCUGGAGAAGAGACUGAAGGUGAAACAAAAAACUCAAAUGAUGAAUUCAUAUUUAUAUUUCUCCCUCAAGUCAAGAUUUUAUAACCGUUCUGAAACUUUUUAAACGUUUUGAUUUUCAGAUUUCAGAGAAUCAACACGAAGAGCUGCAGAACGUCCGGAAACACAUCCACUCCUGCUUCACCAACAUCUCCUGUUUCCUGAUGCCUCACCCCGGACUCAAGGUGGCCACCAACCCGCACUUUGACGGGAGGAUUAAAGGUACAGUCCGUCUAUUUUCACACAGAUAUUCAUCCUCAAAGGUGGCGUCAUUGUUUGAUUGUCUCCUCUCGUCUCCAUCCAGAGAUCGACGGUGAUUUCUUGAACAACCUGAGGGUUUUGGUCCCCUGGCUGCUCAGUCCUCACAACAUCGACGUGAAGGAGAUCAACGGGAGUAAAAUCACCUGCAGAGGUCUGCUGGAGUACUUCAAGGUCAGAGCUCACAGAGAUAACCUUUAAACACUUAGGACUCAGAUUAAUCAUCAUCUCUGUCCAUCGGUCAGUCAGCGGUCGGUCAGCGAUGAUCCUUUGGUCGAUAAUUUCUCUGAAUCCUCAGACUCGUCACUGAAGCUCCUUUGUCUUUGUUCAUUUCAGGCGUACAUCAAAAUCUAUCAGGGGGAGGAGCUGCCGCACCCAAAGUCCAUGCUGCAGGUACGUUUCCACGGUAACUGUUGUCAGUUGAGGAUGAAACCACAACACUAUCACCCAAAAUCCAUGGAUGUGGAGAAUAAGUCUGUGUUUCAUAGCAGCUCAUAUGUUAUGAGGUAUAAAAAUGAUGAUAAUAUUGACAUGUGUUGGUGUGUUUCUGUAAAAAUAACCUUCAGGGUGGAGAGACCGCUCAGAUUAGAUGUGCGGAUCAACAGUAAAUGUUUACCGGACAGUCACAGUCGAUAAAAAUCGAAGGUUUCUAAAAAUUAAUAAUUACAAACAUGAUGCAAAAAACUGGACUUAUGCAUCUAAAGGUUAGACACACCUGGAUUUAGAAAAAUGAGAUCUUGAAUCGACUCGUUUUGUGGUGAAAUCUUUGACCUUUCCUCUCAGGCCACAGCGGAGGCGAAUAAUCUGGCGGCGGUCGCAGCAGCGAAGGAUCUGUACAACAAGAAGAUGGAGGAGGUGAGUAAAAACCUGAACCUACAAACUCUGCUCCUCCCCUCCCCUUUUAUUCUUCUGACCUCCGUCUUCCUGCUCCAGGUCUGCGGGGGGGACCGGCCCUUCCUGGCCCCCAGCGAGCUGCAGGCCCGACACAGCGCCAUCAGAGAGGAGGCCCUGCAGGUGUUCAGGGGCGUGAAGAAGAUGGGAGGCGAGGAGUUCAGCCGGCGUUACCUGCAGCAGCUGGAGGGCGAGAUCGACGAGGUCUUCGUCCAGUACAUCAAGCACAAUGACUCCAAGAACAUUUUCCACGCCGCCCGCACGCCGGCCACGCUCUUCGUGGUCAUCUUUGUCAUGUACGUGGCCGCGGGCAUCACGGGCUUUGUGGGCGUGGACAUCAUUGCCAGCUUGUGUAACAUGAUCCUGGGUCUGGCUCUCAUCACCCUCUGCACCUGGGCCUACAUCCGCUACUCCGGGGAGUACAGGGAGCUGGGCGCCGUCAUCGACCAGGUGGCUGGUGCGCUGUGGGACCAGGUAACGAAGAGAGACGUCAGGACUGACCUGAUUUCUGUUUCUAUAUCAUCUCGAUCAACAUCUGACUCAACACUCACCAAGUUUAUCAUGUAAAUAAUGCUGAAUCAGAGACUUUAUACGCUGCGAAGACAAGUCAGAAAACACUUUAAAAAACAUAACAAACAAAAAAAAUUUAAAAUUAAGAAAAUGUAUCAUUUUUAAGGGAUAUUAGUACAAAAAAAAAACAAAUCCAGCAUGCUCAGGUUGACAUUUUUAUGAACUGGACUGAUUAAUUCUCUGUUGGCCACUAGAGGGCAGCAGUCUCCUUUAAAACAGAGGAAAUGAGGAGUUGAAGAGCAGUUCUUCAUUUCCGAAAGUAUUUUUUUAAUGUUUUUUUCUUCAUGAUUGUGCUAACAUGAUAAAUAUGCGUUUCUUUCUUUCUCACGCCUCUGCAGGGGAGCACGAAUGAGGUGAGUGCAGAUGUUUCAGUAUUUACACUUUUGUUAUCACUUCAGGUCUAAAGGGAUAUUCCAGCGUAAAAUUAAAGAUUGUUCUGUUCUUUAACUUUGGAAACAACCGCAGGAUAGCGAUUCAGAGAGACACAGGCUCAACCAAUACGCCAUAUAGCCACAAAUAAUGCUCAGAACAGCACCUAACUUCAUCAACAGGACAUAUAGAGUCACAGACAUAGUACUAGACACCAAACAUCUUUUUAACUUUGACUCAUUUCUUUAACAAAGAGACUAAACACAACUCACCUACUCUCUUCCAGCAGACGCUUGUUUGUAGAGAGACCUCAGGCCAGUCCAUUACAGACUACAGCGGGGUGCCGCAGCUCAAGGAAGAACAUUUAUGAUCAUUUCUUGAUCAUUUCCUUGAAGUAAUAAUCACCAUAUUAAUUAUUUUUCUCUGCAGACGCGGUAGUUCUUCUGCCUUAGCAUCUUGGUCUGAUUGUAUUUCUAUGAAAUAAUGAUCAUAAAUGUUCUUAAAGAGACUUUGAACUUUGAGAUGCUCGUAAUAGUUCUGCUGCUGGUGCAUGGAUUGCAGGACAGGAUGUUGCUCCUCUUUUCCCUCUCAGAGAUGGUUGGGGUCCAGUGUCUCCUCUGGCUGCUCUUAGAUCUGUUCUUACUGUCAUUAUUUCCUCAGAUCACCAUCUGAGUUAAACACAAUUGUUCUGAGGUUUCGACCAAUCAGAGUGAAGUAUUGAACAGUCAUUGUGAACUAAUGUACCUGGAGCUCCUGGGCUCUCCUGUUCAAGGUUCAAUCUUCUCCCUGUGACCUCCUCUCUGCUCCACAGGCUCUCUACAAGCUGUACAAUGUAGCGGCCAAUCACAGGCACCUGUACCACCACGCCUUCCCCGGGCCUCAGGUGGAGGAGGAGGCGGAGGAGCAGGACAAGAAGAGGGACUGAUUAAAGGAGACAGAUGGGACUUUGUGUUGAUGGACAGGCGAGGAGGAGGAGGAGGAGAAGGAGGAAGAGGAGGAGGAGCAUCCUCUCCCAUCAGGCACUCUCUUCUUUGGUAUUGGCUGGCGCUGCCGCCGCCGGUACCUCCCCUUUCCUUUAACCCUGAUAACAGACAGUAGGAUGUUCACGUGUAGGUCAGAGCGUCUCCUCAGGAGGUGUCUGUUCUCCAGCGAUGGAUGCCAUUCUUCAUUGUGUCUCACUUUUUGUCUGUGAACAUAACUUAAUAAUAAAGACGCCUGUACAGACACUGUAUUCACCUGCCAGAGGAGACCGCGGCCUCCUGGACUUCCAGCUGUUACUUUCAUAUCAGAGGGGUUUGAUUUCGCCGUCAUUCAGCAGCGGGGCCCGGCUGUUCAAAAGGAAUCUGAGGGGGAAAAAAAAAAACUCCUUUUAGAUCAAAUCUCAGAAACAGGUCUUAUAGAAGUGAAAAAAAAAAGAGAUUCUGUUAUCAAAUAUGAUCCAAGCAACAACUAAGAUGCAGAGGUACUCACCAUGAAGUCCAGCCUGAUAAAGAGCGCUGGUCUCUGUAACUCUGUUCUUCAUCUGGAAUGAUUAUAAAGAGGCUGAAUCGUCUGGAUUACUGACAUCAAAGACAGAAUUUAGAGAUUCAAGUGAAAAAUCUCUUUUUAUCUGAAUUCUGACUUAAAUUCUAGAAUCCUCACUUGAAUCUUAGAAUUCAGUUAAAAGUCAGGAUUCCGUUUUUUCCCCUGUACUGGGAUUAAGGUCAGAGUUCUAAGAUUUUCUCGGAAUUCCAACUUUGAUCUCGGAAUUCUAGCUUUGAUCUUGGAAUUCAGAGAAUUCUAGAAUUCUGACUUUGAUCUCGGAAUUCUGACUUUGAUCUCGGAAUUCUGAGAUUAAUCUCGGAAUUCUGAGAAUAAUCUCGGAAUUGCUACUUCGAUUUUAAAAUUCUGAGAAUAUUGAAUUCUAACUUUGAUCUUGGAAUUCUGACUUUGAUCUCAAAAUUCCUACUUUGAUUUCGGAAUUCUGACUUUGAUCUCGAAAUUCUGACUUUGAUUUCGGAAUUCUGACUUUGAUCUUGAAAUUCUGACUUUGAUCUCGGAAUUCCUACUUUGAUCUCAGAAUUCUGACUUUGAUCUCAGAAUUCCUACUUUCAUCUCGGAAUUCUGACUUUGAUCUUGGAAUUCCGACUUUGGUUUUAGAGUUCUGAGAUUAGAGAGUUUUGAACAGCCGGGCCUGUGUGAUUUUCAACAUAUAUCCUAAUCUGAGACCCUUCUUCUGCAUUUGUGAUGAUUGUUCUGUUCUUUAAAAUUUUAGUGCUGUUUAUAGGAAACAAUAUCUACGACCUGCGAUGUUUGAAAGCUAAACCUGUACUGUAUCUAAAAACAUGGAGCUCUUCAAGCAUCAUCAGCAUGGUAAAUGGUUAAUGUGUGUCAUCUUUAAGCUCUUAAAGCAGGUAGACUUUAUAAAAAAAUGAGUUUUAAUGGUUGUGACAAAGUGGUUUUGUGCCAUAGCAUUACUUUCGCACAUAUGCAGACACCUGGUGGCACUUUUUUUAUUCGUUGUGAAACUUUUUUUGUUACUUCAGACUCGAUCAGGGAGUUUUGUUCUUUUUUUGCACUCAAUGGAAGGAGAAAAACAUUCAGAGUGGGUCAAAGUUUACACCGCACAGCUGACAUUAUCUCUCACUUUGAGUCUGCUUACAGUUUUUGUAGCUACAGUGAUGCUCUGUGAGUGUGUGUGUGAGUGUGUGUGAGAGGUUUCAUUGUGUCGUGGAGCCUGUGGGUGAAACCAUUGUUGUGUUUUUUUUUUUUCUCUCACUGAAUGUUCGAGCAAAUCCGAGGAAUGUAGCUGCUCUGUGGCCGACGAGGAAUCAAAGCGAGCUGCGAUCAGGCGGGGCGACGGGCCUGCCGGGUCUGGAAAAGGAUCCUCAUUCCUCACGGCUUCCAUCAUCCUCACACACUUAAGUUGAAUCAUGUGUCAGAAAAAAACAAACUAAGUGUUGCAUGGUGAAAGAGGCCGGGCUCCGACCUCUCUGUGUUUCCAAAGCAGCUUGCAGUCGUCGCUGUGUGAAUCCUUCGGCUUGGUAGACUGUUACUGUACAUUUGUAAAGCUGUGCUGAUUGUUUUUUUUCGCUUCUUGAACGCCCCCGCCCUCUCCCCGAGUCACAGAGCUCACUGUAAAACAUUCUCAUCACUGACAGCACAGGAACACCGUCACGCAUAUUUAGCGAGUUUAUCCUGAGGUCUGACCUCAACGGUUGGAAAUUGAAAGGCGCUGCGGCAGAGCGGCUUCUUGAGUCUUCCACAAAGUAUAAUCAGCAUCAGUGAGGCCUUCACACACACAGAGAGGAGGAGCAGAAGUUCAUUUACGCCGUUUUACUUUAAUCUGCAAAAAAACAAAACAAACAAAAAACAAAACAAAAAACAAACAAACACUCUGGAAAAAUGUCCCUGAAGGUUUUCAGUUUGUCGUCCCUGAAGCAGCUCUCCUUGUCCAUCAACACCAACAUCGACUCAGGAUCACCUGGGAGUCCACACUGCAGAGUUUCCAAACACACUUUCAGUUCAGAGAAAUAACCAAUAAAGUUGGACCAAAUUAAAGAAAAA